GCAUGGGGCCCCGCCCCAGCGCCCGGGCGCAGCCGGCUUGCUCCAGUCCAGGGCCGCCCUGGCCCCGCCUCGCCCUCAUCUGCUCGGUGGCGGAGGAGGUGCACCGCGACCCUCUGCACUCCAGCGAACAUGGCGCUGCGAGCGGCGCGGAGCGUGCGGGCGGUGGCCUGCAGCCUGCGCACCGCCUCGGCGCCCGUUGCACCCUGCCCGCCGCGGCCCUGGGGCCUGAGGGUGGGCGCCGUCCGGACGCUGCGCACCGGCCUCAAUCUGCUCUCGGUGCGUAAAUUCACAGAGAAACAUGAAUGGAUAACUACAGAAAAUGGUAUUGGAACAGUGGGAAUCAGCAAUUUUGCACAGGAAGCUUUGGGAGAUGUUGUUUACUGUAGUUUGCCUGAAGUUGGGACAAAAUUGAACAAACAAGAUGAGUUUGGUGCUUUGGAAAGUGUGAAAGCUGCUAGUGAACUCUAUUCUCCUCUAUCAGGAGAAGUAACUGAAAUUAAUGAAGCCCUUGCAGAAAACCCAGGACUUGUCAACAAAUCUUGUUAUGAAGAUGGUUGGCUGAUCAAGAUGGCACUGAGUAACCCCUCAGAACUAGAGGAGCUGAUGAGUGAAGAAGCCUACGAGAAGUACAUAAAAUCUAUUGAGGAGUAAGACUGGAACCCCCUGAAUAAAGCAAUGUGAAACAACUUAA